UAGCGCCACCAGCAGGCAGGGGAUUUAGAAGGGACGGGGCCGCAAGCAGAAACUGCAAUUCCCAGAAUGCAGCGCAGGGUUUCCGGUUUCCGGCGAGAGGACCGGAGUGUGUUUACACCGGCGGCUCUGCGGCCGGGUUCCUUCCGCGGGACGGGGAGAAAGAGAGAGCGCGAAAGAGAGAGGAUGUCUCUCUCAGAUUGGCAUCUGGCGGUGAAGCUGGCCGACCAGCCGCUUGCCCCAAAGUCUGUUCUUCAGUUGCCGGAGUCAGAGCUGGGUGAAUACUCACUGGGGGGCUAUAGUAUUUCAUUUCUGAAGCAACUCAUUGCUGGAAAACUCCAGGAGUCUGUUCCAGACCCUGAGCUGAUUGUUCUCUUUUUAGAUCUGAUCUACUGUGGUCGGAAGCUUAAAGAUGACCAGACCCUUGACUUCUACGGCAUCCAACCUGGGUCCACAGUCCAUGUUCUGCGCAAGUCCUGGCCCGAGCCUGAUCAGAAACCAGAGCCUGUGGACAGAGUGGCUGCCCUGAGGGAGUUCCGGGUGCUGCACACUGCCCUGCACAGCAGCUCCUCCUACAGGGAGGCGGUCUUUAAGAUGCUCAGCAAUAAGGAAUCUCUGGAUCAGAUCAUUGUGGCCACCCCAGGUCUCAGCAGUGACCCCAUUGCCCUCGGUGUUCUCCAGGACAAGGACCUCUUCUCUGUCUUCGCUGAUCCCAGCAUGCUUGAUACGUUGGUGCCUGCUCACCCAGCCCUGGUCAAUGCCAUUGUCCUGGUUCUGCACUCGGUGGCGGGUAGCACCCCACUGCCAGGAGCUGACUCCUCUUCGAGGAGCAUGCCCUCCAGCUCGUACCGGGACAUGCCAGGUGGCUUCCUGUUUGAAGGGCUCUCUGACGAUGAGGACGACUUUCACCCAACCUCCAGGUCCACGCCUUCUAGCAGCACACCCAGCUCCCGCCCAGCCUCCCUGGGGUACAGUGGAGCUGCUGGCCCCCGGCCCAUUACCCAGAGCGAGCUGGCCACUGCCCUGGCCCUGGCCAGCACUCCGGAGAGCAGCUCUCACACGCCGACUCCUGGCACCCAGGGCCAUUCCUCAGGGACCUCACCAAUGUCCUCUGGUGUCCAGUCAGGGACACCCAUCACCAACGAUCUCUUCAGCCAAGCCCUACAGCACGCUCUGCAGGCCUCUGGGCAGCCCAGCCUUCAGAGCCAGUGGCAGCCCCAGCUGCAGCAGCUGCGUGACAUGGGCAUCCAGGACGAUGAGCUGAGCCUGCGGGCCCUGCAGGCCACUGGCGGUGACAUCCAAGCGGCCCUGGAGCUCAUCUUUGCCGGAGGAGCCCCGUGAACUCCUGCUCCUCCUGACCCCCCAGCAAACUGCCAAGGCGGCUGCCCGUGGGAGGCACUCCUGAAGGUGCCCCAUCUCUCCUCUCCCCAAUACAUCUGAUGGUCGACCUUC